CCCCCCGCGCCCCGCCGCGCGGCUGCCCCUGCUCGCCUAUCUGCUGGCGCUUGCGGCGCCGGCCCGGGGCGCAGACCAGCCGGUGUGGCGCUUGGAGCAAGCCAUCGGAGCCAUCGCGGCCAGCCUGAGGGACGGCGUGUUCGUGGCGAGCGGCAGCUGCCUGGACCAGCUGGACUACAGCCUGGAGCACAGGCUCUCGCGCCUGUACCGGGACCAGGCGGGCAACUGCACCGAGCCGGUCUCCUUGGCGCCCCCCGCGCGGCCGCGGCCCGGGAGCAGCUUCAGCAAGCUGCUGCUGCCCUACCGCGAGGGGGCGGAAGAGCUCGGGGGGCUGCUGCUCACCGGCUGGACCUUCGACCGGGGCGCCUGCGAGGUGCGGCCCCUGGGCAACCUGAGCCGCAGCUCCCUGCGCAACAGCACCGAGGUGGUGUCGUGCCACCCACAGGGCUCGACGGCCGGCGUGGUGUACCGCGCGGGUCCCAAGAACAGCUGGUACCUGGCGGUGGCCGCCACCUACGUGCUGCCGGAGCCGGAGACCGCCAGCCGCUGCAGCCCCGCGGCAUCCGAUCGCGACACGGCCAUCACGCUCAAGAACACGGAGGAGCGCAGCCUGGCCACGGCGGAGCUGGGCCGCCUCAAUCUGCGAGGAAGCUCGGGCAGCCUGCACUUCGUGGACGCCUUUCUCUGGAACGGCAGCGUCUACUUCCCUUACUACCCCUACAACUACACGAGCGGCGCCACCACUGGCUGGCCCAGCAUGGUGCGCAUCGCGCAGAGCGCCGAGGUCCUGUUUCAGGGCCAAGCGGCCCUCGACUGCAGCCACGGCCACCCCGACGGCCGCCCCCUGCUCCUCUCCUCCAGCCUGGUGGAGGCCCUGGACGUUUGGGCGGGCGUGUUCAGCGCGCCCACCGGAGAGGGCCAGGAGAGGCGCACCCGGGCCACUACCGCGCUCUGCCUCUUCAGGAUGAGUGAGAUCCAGGCGCGCGCCAAGAGCUGCAGGUGGGACUUCGAGACUCAGCAGAACUGCAAAGAAGGGGAUCAACCUGAAAGAGUACAACCAAUCGCAUCAUCCACCUUGAUCCAUUCCGACCUGACAUCCGUUUAUGGCACCGUGGUAUUGAACAGGACUGUUUUAUUCUUGGGGACUGGAGAUGGCCAGUUACUUAAGGUUAUUCUUGGUGAGAAUUUGACUUCAAAUUGUCCAGAGGUUAUCUAUGAAAUUAAAGAAGAAACACCUGUUUUCUACAAACUUGUUCCUGACCCCAGGAAGAAUAACUACAUCUAUCUAACAGCUGGGAAAGAGGUGAGGAGAAUUCUUGUUGCGAACUGCAGUAAACAUAAAUCCUGUGUGGAGUGCUUAACAGCGGCAGACCCUCACUGUGGUUGGUGCCACUUGCAACAAAGGUGUACUUUUAAAGAAGAUUGUGUAGAGUCAAAGCACUUUGAAAACUGGCUGGAUAUUUCAUCUGGUGCUAAGGAGUGCCCUAAAAUUCAGAUAACUCGUAGCAGCAGAGAUAAGACCACAGUGACUAUGGUGGGACACUUCUCUUCAAAGCCCUCGGAGUGCUGGGUGAAGAACAUGGACACUGGCAAGGUGCUCUGCCAGGAGAAAAGUCGGGAAAACAAGGCCUGCGCCUGCAUCCUCCUCACCAGGCCAAGCUACCGAGAUGUCCUGCUUGUCAACGUGACGUUCUCCUUCAGCUUUACGCAUUUGUCAGAAAGAUUCAACUUUACCAACUGCUCAUCAUUAAGAGAGUGCUCAAUAUGCAUUGGAACUGGCUGUGCUUGGUGUAAACGGGACAGAAAGUGUAUCCAUCCCUUCACAUUUUGUGAUCCUUCUGAUUAUGAGAGAAACCAGGAAUUCUGUCACGUGGCUGUGGAGAAGCCAUCCAAGACCUCCGGAGGAGGAAGAUUCAAGGACACGAAAAGUAACAGAACCAGCCUGGGUCUACAGGUCUUCUACGUGAAGGCCAUUGAGCCACAGAAAAUAUCGACCUUAGGGAAAAGUAACGUGAUAGUUACGGGAGCAAACUUCACCCGGGCGUCGAACAUCACGAUGAUCCUGAAAGGAACCAGCACUUGUGAUAAGGAUGUGAUACAGGUUAGCCAUGUGCUAAAUGACACCCACAUGAAAUUUUCUCUUCCAUCGAGCCGAAAAGAAAUGAAGGACGUGUGCAUCCAGUUUGAUGGUGGGAACUGCUCGGCUGCGGGAGCGUUAUCCUACAUUGCUCUUCCACACUGUUCCCAUAUAUUUCCUGCUACCACCUGGAUCAGUGGUGGUCAAAAUAUAACAAUCAAGGGCAGAAAUUUUGAUGUAAUUGACAGCUUAAUCAUUUCCCAGGAGUUAAAAGAAAACAUAAACGUCUCUGAAUACUGCAGGACUGACUUCUGCAGGUUUUUAGCGCCCAAUUUAAAGAGUUCAAAAGUGCGUCCAAACGUGGUGGUGAAACUGAGAGUACAAGACACCUACUUGGAUUGUGGGACCUUGCAGUAUCUCGAGGACCCCAGGUUUACAGGGUAUCGAGUAGAAUCUGAGGGUGACACAGAACUGGAAGUGAAAAUUCAAAAAGAAAAUGACAACUUCAACAUUUCUAAGAGAGACAUUGAAAUUACUCUCUUCCACGGGGAAAAUAAGCCAUUAAAUUGCAGUUUUGAAAACAUUACUAGAAACCAAGAUCUUACCACCAUCCUUUGCAAAAUUCAGGGCAUCAAGGAUGCAAACAGCAUUGCCGCCUCUUCCAAGAAAGUCCGAGUGAAACUGGGAAACCUGGAGCUCUACGUGGAACAGGAGUCAGUUCCUUCCACCUGGUACUUCUUGAUUGUGCUUCCCGUCUUGCUCGUGAUUGUCAUUUUUGCGGCUGUGGGGGUGACCAGGCAGAAAUCGAAGGAGCUAAGUCGCAAACAGAGUCAACAGCUGGAACUCUUGGAAAGCGAACUCCGGAAGGAGAUCCGUGAUGGCUUUGCUGAGCUGCAGAUGGAUAAAUUGGAUGUGGUUGAUAGUUUUGGAACUGUUCCCUUCCUUGACUACAAACAUUUUGCUCUGAGAACUUUCUUCCCUGAGUCAGGUGGCUUCACACACAUCUUCACCGAGGACAUGCACAACAGAGAUGCUGAUGACAAGAAUGAAAGUCUCACAGCUUUGGAUGCCCUCAUCUGCAAUAAAAGUUUCCUGGUCACUGUCAUUCACACCCUUGAAAAGCAGAAGAAUUUCUCAGUAAAGGAUAGGUGUCUGUUUGCCUCCUUCCUGACCAUCGCCCUGCAGACCAAGCUGGUCUACCUGACCAGCAUCCUGGAGGUGCUGACCAGGGAUUUGAUGGAGCAGUCCAGCAACAUGCAGCCCAAGCUCAUGCUGCGGCGCACGGAGUCUGUGGUCGAGAAACUGCUCACAAACUGGAUGUCUGUCUGCCUGUCUGGUUUCCUUCGGGAGACUGUUGGAGAGCCCUUCUACUUGCUGGUGACGACGCUGAACCAGAAAAUAAACAAGGGGCCCGUAGACGUCAUCACCUGCAAAGCACUGUACACCCUAAAUGAAGACUGGCUGCUAUGGCAGGUUCCCGAGUUCAGCACUGUGGCAUUAAACGUCGUCUUUGAAAAAAUCCCAGAAAAUGAGAGUGCAGAUGUCUGUCGGAAUAUUUCAGUCAAUGUUCUUGACUGUGAUACCAUAGGCCAAGCCAAAGAAAAGAUUUUCCAGGCCUUCUUAAGCAAAAAUGGCUCUCCUUAUGGACUUCAGCUCAACGAGAUCGGUCUUGAGCUUCAGGUGGGUACCCGACAAAAAGAACUUCUAGAUAUUGACGGCUCCUCUGUGAUUCUUGAAGAUGGAAUCACCAAGCUAAACACCAUUGGCCACUACGAGAUAUCAAAUGGAUCCACUAUAAAAGUCUUUAAGAAGAUAGCAAAUUUUACUUCAGAUGUGGAAUACACCGACGAACACUGCCAUUUGAUUUUACCAGAUUCGGAAGCCUUCCAAGAUGUGCAAGGAAAGAGACAUCGAGGGAAACACAAGUUCAAAGUAAAAGAAAUGUAUUUGACAAAGCUGCUGUCGACCAAGGUGGCAAUCCACUCUGUGCUUGAAAAACUUUUCAGAAGCAUUUGGAGUUUACCCAACAGCAGAGCCCCAUUUGCUAUAAAAUACUUUUUUGACUUUCUGGAUGCCCAGGCCGAAAACAAAAAAAUCACAGAUCCUGAUGUCGUACAUAUUUGGAAAACAAACAGCCUUCCUCUUCGCUUCUGGGUCAACAUCCUGAAGAACCCUCAGUUUGUCUUUGACAUUAAGAAGACGCCACACAUAGACGGCUGUUUGUCAGUGAUUGCCCAGGCAUUCAUGGACGCCUUUUCCCUCACCGAGCAGCAGCUAGGGAAGGAAGCACCAACUAAUAAACUUCUCUAUGCCAAGGAUAUCCCAACCUACAAAGAGGAAGUAAAAUCUUAUUAUAAAGCAAUCAGGGAUUUGCCUCCAUUGUCAUCUUUAGAAAUGGAAGAAUUCUUAACUCAGGAAUCUAAGAAACACGAAAAUGAAUUUAAUGAAGAAGUGGCCUUGACAGAAAUCUACAAAUACAUCGUAAAAUAUUUUGAUGAGAUUCUAAAUAAACUAGAAAGAGAACGAGGGCUGGAAGAAGCUCAGAAACAACUCUUGCAUGUAAAGGUCUUAUUUGAUGAAAAGAAGAAAUGCAAGUGGAUGGCUCGUGUUUUUCAGUGGUCGCCAACUGCACUCCAUCCAACUCGCCUCCAUUUUCCAUCCGGGAGCUCUAAAGCAAGGAGAGUGAGUGGGCUUUAUUAAAAGGCAACAGCGGUUUACCCAGACACUUUGUCCUGAUGUAUGUUCCUUUUUCAUUCAUCCUUUCAUACUAAAUGUAUUUGAUGGUGAACAUGUUGGGUAUUGUAAAGACUAUUAAUUUUAUUUAAAAACCUUUGAUCAGAACUAUCUGUGGAAGUGUAAGUCACUCUAAUCCUACAUUUCUAUACUAGUGGCUCCUUGCUUUAGAUUUCUGGUGAACCCUGUGGUUAUAAAUACUUGUGUGUGAUUAAAAAAAAAAAGAUACAUUUUACAUUUCAUCAAAUUGCUGUUCACACUGGAGUAUUAUAUAUAAAUAAAUAUAUAUUUGAGGCCCAAGGCCUGAAAAAUAUUAGUAGACAACUUGGUAUCUUAGUCUUACUAUGUACUUUUGGAAAUUAUUCCUUACAGGAGAAAGAAUUUUAAAUAACUCAUUCAUGCCUUUCUUUUAAAAAAAAAAAAACAAAACUCCCUACCAGUUAUACUGUAGUCUUUUUAUUGCUGAGUUUUUUAUUCCUGAAUUUUUGCUGCUCAUGACCAAUUUUAAUACCACUGUGUUUUCCUUCUAUUAAACCAGAAGAAGUAAAAAGUGUAAUUGGCAACUCUAAAGCUUUGCUUGUGGCAGGCACCUUUCACCCUCGGUGCUCUAAGUCCCCGAUCUAAGGAAAAAAAAAAAAAAAUUCAGGUAGCAAAUAAAACAUCGAUCACACAUUCCUUAAACCAUUUCCCAACACUGUACGGAACAUCAGAACUGAAAUGUGAAUUUGUCUUAGGUAAAUGCAGUUCUUUUCUGUUUCCUAAUAUCUGCUAAAGAGUGAGAGAGGUGACACCUGAACAAACGGUUCAGAGAAAGAAGCAGUUACUGCCCUGAUAGGCACCAUCCCAAUCCUGUGCUUUUGACCACUCUCUGCCCAGUGGACACAUCUCAAAAGUACUACCAAAUAGGUUACUUCUAAGUAUAAGGUGAGAGGUCUGGUCCCCAUCCAAAGCUGCUACAGUCUUCAAAGAGGUGAAGGCACUCGUAAGAGAACAGUUAUAGGAGAGUUGAGAGGCAAGGGUAGGAGAGUUGCCCAAAAGACUUCCCUUCUCUAGGGUACAGUGAACUCAAAGGAUCAGCUACAGCUUUAUCGAAGUAUUUACUGAAUGCUACACGAGGGUGUCCCUGUCCAGCUCUCUGGCACGUGAGUCCUGUGUGGAGAGUUACCUCCUCUUCCAGGGACUGUGCUGUUAGGAACUUUGGGCAAGUCACGUACCUCUUUGUGCCUCAAUUUCUGUAUAUUUCUAACCUACCUCACUGAGGUGGUGUGGAGAUUCACUAAUGUAUGUAGCGUGUUUGUCAAUCCUCCAGUGAAAAGCACUAUCUAGGAUCACAUUCUGGAUCACAUUAGCCAAAUGCAGUAAAUGGCCAAAUUAGAUGUGUGCUGAAGACAAUCAGUCACUGGGUCUAAUUUAAACAGCAACUAGAGAAACAAAUGGCAAACAAUAUCUAUUUUCAACUUUCUUUGCAUAUUUUUUGGUGCAAAACAAUUCAUUUAUAAAUUUUUUUUCUAACAGUAGUGUCUACAGCAGCAUUUAAAAAUUAAUUCUGUUACCUUUUCUGUAUUAGGAUUUAAAGUCUAUUUCUUACUGUAUACCUGAUUGAAGCUGUUCUUGGAGAUGAAUGUUUUAAAUGUCUAUAUCCAAAAAUAAACAUUUUGAUGUAA